UCAGUUUUAACGCCUGGAGUGAAGGCAAACGUAACCCAAUUUCGUUACUAUGAGUGCAGCGGAGAGUCAAAGAUAACACAAUUGCAGUCCAGCGGCCGAUACGAGUCCGACAGUGUGUCCUGCAAUGCAUUCUCAUAUGUGGCCAAAAACACCACUUAUUCAAUCAAAAUGGACAAUAAAACCACCGAGCUCACGCUACAGCUCAAUUCAUACACGGUCACUUUGAACGGCAAUGCCAUAUUCAUGUUGAACGGUAUGAUAGAGUCGGGUCCGUGCGCUGGCGGCCACUUGGAUGAGCUGACCUUUUCGGUGGCCGACGACCAAAAUGGUUGUCUGUCGGAGAAAGGCCUCCAACAGUCGACUCCUGUCUACUCUAUACUCAGAGUAAGUGGCGGUAAAUGCGAGUCCGACUGUUCCGGUGGUGUGACCACAGUAUACGACCCGCCGAUUAUCAACAGCUCCGACGAUAUAUCAUUCAAAGCCUGUUAAUCUCAUUUUAAUCUCACUUAUUGUUUGUCUGUUUAAUUAUAAAGAAUUUUAUAAUUUAUAUGAAAUUUAUACUUAAUUUUACAACAAUUUUAUGUUCAAAUGAAUUUUUGUCUCAUUUCUAUCACAUGAUUGUUAUUAUCGUUGCUUUUUGUUAUGUUUUGCUCUGUUUUUAUCUUUUUCCACUCAAAGCCUUCACUUUCUAA